CUCAGUUUCAUUAACUUCAUGUGAAACUCAGAUGAACUAAGACGAAGUUUAGUGUUGACCAAUUUUUCCCUUGAGUUUUUUCGAUUUUAGAUUCAUCACAUGUCUGUCAGAAUCUCGGAGCCUCGUGCGCUCUUGCCUCGCGGUGAUGGACAGUCGGUCCACGCGCUAGACGGUUAACGGACUGAGGAGGAGCAACAGGAGGUUCCACGACAGAGUCACACCGGGACCAAGGAGGAUUUUACGGACUUUUCUGACACAAACUGCGGCUCUUUUGAUUCUGUCUGGCAGGAACUGAUUAAACAUCUACUCGGGUUUCAACAGGAACCACAGUUUGACCCGAUAUAUCUGCUGUCUGAACGUUUGUCCGCCAUCAUGUAUCCCUCAGCGGUCAGCGUUUUUGUGCGCUGCAGUCUCGUACUGGCCCUCAUUCAGGUCCUGGUGCUGGUCUGUCCUGCAGCAGGAUACAAUCUGGAUCAGGACCACAGUCUGGAGUUCAGAGGUUCCCCCUCCUCCAUGUUUGGAUACUCAGUCCUGCUGCAUCACCACAAAGCUCAUAACUGGUUGGUGGUUGGAGCUCCAGUCGAGAACUCAACCUCAAAUCCGUCCAUUCAAUCUCCAGGAGCUGUUUAUCGCUGCAACAUCACUGCUGAGUCCCGUCACUGCCAUCGCAUGUCUGCUGAUGUGCUGAGCUGUGGGAAGACGUGUGAAGCAGAGAGUGAUCACCAGUGGCUGGGAGUCAGUCUGUCCAGACAACCUGGCGACAAAGGAGGACAUGUCAUGGCAUGUGCACACCGCUGGAAGAACGUCUACUACUCAAAGAAAGACAGUCAGAACCACAAACUGCCUAACGGAGUCUGUUAUCGCUAUGGCAGUGACCUGAGUCACGGCCGACCCAUGAUCCCCUGCUAUAGAGACCACCAGCGGAAGUUCGGUGAGGAUUAUGGGUCAUGUCAGGCCGGUAUUUCUAAUUUCCUGACAGAGGAUCUGAUCAUCAUGGGGGCCCCAGGGACGUCGUACUGGAUGGGCUCAGUCCUGGUGUUUAACACGUCCAGUGGAGGGAUGUCAGUGUACCUUGAUGAUGACACUGGAUCAGUCAGCUUCGGAAGCUACCUGGGUUACUCUGUUGGAGCCGGUCACUUCCUGAGUCCUACUACUGUGGAGGUGGUGGGUGGAGCUCCGCAAUACAACCAGAGGGGCAAGGUCUUCAUCUUCACUGUAGUGGAGAACAUGUUGCGUGUCAUCUCUGAAGUGUCCGGAAAAGAGCUGGGAGCUUACUUCGGCUCCAGUGUAUGCGUGGUGGAUCUGAAUGCCGAUGGUUUGUCAGAUCUGUUGGUCGGUGCUCCCAUGGCAACAGGCGUUACCAGGGAGGAGGGACGAGUCCACGUGUACAUCAACCAGGGCCAGGCCAACUUGUCGGAGGCGGAGUUUCAGCUGACUGGCAGCGACGCCUAUGCAGCCCGGUUUGGAGAGACCAUUGCUGACCUGGGAGACCUGGACGAUGACGGUUACCAUGAUGUGGCGGUUGGUGCACCGCAGGAAGAUGACCUAAAAGGAGCUGUCUACAUCUAUAAUGGCAGGAAGGACGGCAUCUCAUCAACUCCAUCUCAGAGAAUUACUGGAUCCACCUUGGGUCAUAACCUCAAGAUGUUCGGCCAGUCACUGAGCUCUGGCGUUGACAUUGACGAUAAUGGCUACCAGGAUGUGGCAGUUGGUGCGUUCCUCUCAGACUCGGCUGUGGUUCUCAGGACUCGUCCAGUGAUUCAGGUGAAGGCGUCUCUGGCUCUGCCUGAGCAGAUUGACCAGCGGCUGGCGCUGUGCCAAGAACACAAGACUCCAACUGUCUGCUUCAAUGUCACUGUCUGCUUCAGUGUCAGGUCCAGACGGUACACAGGAGCUAUAGAGCUUCAAUAUAAUUUGACCUCUGACCUCCUCCAUAAGCCAUCCUUCCCUCAUCGUUUCUAUUUCCAUGGUAACGGGUCGUCUAAUAUCACAAAGGGUCGUGUGAGAGCACGACAUGGCCACGUCACUUGUACAACACAUGUGGCUCACCAAAGGAAAGACGUGAGGGAUAUUUUUACUCCAGUCCAGUUUGAAGUUUCAUAUAGUCUCAGAGAUACAAAAACCCACAGAGCCUCUUCUAAAACCUUCCCUCCAUUAAAACCUAUUCUGCAGCAGAGAGCAGGACACCAGAACACCAUCACCAACCAGACUCGGUUUGCUCGUUCCUGUUCCCUGGUAAACUGUUCAACCAACAUGCAGUUGUCAGCUCAACUACUGCUGCCACAUCAGCAGGAUUACUUUGCUCUUGGCUCCGGACAGACUAUCAUGUUGAAAACAUCGCUGUUGAAUUCUGGAGACGAUGCAUUCCUGCCACGUCUGACACUCCAAUUCCCAAACAACAUCCACUACAUUAAAGUCCUGCAGAACCAGGAGAAUGUGGUCAGUUGUGAUGUCACCCAGGAAAUCAACAGUACAAUGGUGGUUGUUGACUGCAGCGUCACCAGCCUCCUCCUCCCAGCCCUCACCCAGUUGAACAUCAGCUUCCUUUUGGAUGUGAACCAGAACAGCACACCAGGUGACAUCAACAUCCAUGUUAACACCAGCAGUGAUAACUAUGAAAGGGAGGAGUAUCUCCAUGACAACGCCAUCAGUCUCCCCCUUCAUCUUAAAUAUGGAGUCAACAUCAACAUCCACGGUUUUGCGACUCCCGACUCUUUUGUGUUUGGAGAUGAAGACUUGACUCCAGUUGACUGCUACACUGAAAGAUUUAACUACACAUACAAGGUCUUAAACUCUGGUCCCAGCAGGUCAGUAGAUACUGUGGUUGACAUCAUGUUACCAAAGAUCCUCGUUCCGUACCGACACAGACUACUGCAGGUGGUCGACUGGCAGUCAUCUCAUGGUGUGUGUUCGCUCAGUGACACGACUGUUUCAGUCAUCGAGGACUGUGCCGUCCCUCAAGCCUCCUUCAUCAAACAACUCGUCUUCUUUUUCUCCUCCACCUCCACCCGCAGAAUGUUUUGUGGCCGUGGUGAUGAACUGUGCGAGCGGCUGGUGUGUCGUCUUGGCAACCUGGAGGCGGGGAGAGAUGCCACCAUCCAACUGGAGACCAGACUGAACCCUGCUGUACUACUGCAAGCUCCGGGUCGUCACAGUUUCAUGAAGUUGGAGAGCACAGCGAUGAUAUCAUCUCCCAAAGAAGAUCCUCACACCGUCCUCAUCCAGAAACACCCUCAAGCUCAUGUGGUGGUUGAAGCUCUUUUUACCCAGAAACCCUCAAUGACAGUGAAGAUCUUCAUUAUUGUCGUCAGUUUAGUUUUGGGUCUUUUGAUCUUGGCUGGUCUCAUCUGGUGUCUGUGGAAGGCUGGUUUCUUCAAGAGGGAACUUCAGAAGAAGGAGGAGGAGUUCAGGAGACACAGCUGGGACUACGUUCCCAAAAGCAGCGACAGAGAGAGCUUUUCCUAACUGUCACUUCAACCCCAUGACCUUUGACCUGUGACUGUAAGGUGGCGUUCAUAUUGUGACUCUGCAGCAGUUUUAAUGAGACAUACAGCAUAUGCUGACAGACAGCGAACAUCAACAGCCAAUGAUAUCUGUACAGACUGUGUCAGAAGUUUGAAGUCAGACCUGUCUGAGUGUGGAGGAUGAUGAUACAUGUCUCAAGUGAAUGCCUCCUGAACACACCAGAAUCUGACCAUCACCUUUUAAAUUAUUUUGCCUGAUGUGCCUUCACAAAUGCAGACAAGUAUAAAGACUGCAACAGCGAGGGGAUGGAGGAUUAAUAAAAAGGGAAGUGAAUCUGAAACGAUCAUAUUUGGACCAUUUGGAAGGAUCUCAGGGAUUCCUGGAACCAUGACACUGUUAUUGAUGGCCUCCAUUUUGACUCUUCUAAGAGGAUACGGUAGUGACCCUCAAUCUCAGGGGAUGGAAACCUGGCCUCUGAUUGGCUCAUAACUCUCUGGAAGAUCUCCCUUUUGUCUGUCUAUAUAAUCUUUCUAUGUUUUUGUUUACCUGCUGACCAACACUUUAUGCACUGGAGACAAACAAAGAUAAGACUCACUGACUGUGCACACACCAGAUGUUUAUCCAGACAGAAGAAAUAGUCAAGUGCUGGCAGCCAAGGCAACGUGUUUAUGUAGCAAACAAUCAGCGCGGGAGUUUUCACUCUGGGAUUUGAUUGAGUUUAUGAUCACAACAUCAUUUAAACCAGCAAAAUGUCGCACAUUGGAUUCACUCAUGUGGUCAAGUUUUUGUGACAAUUUCAACUUUGGUGAACUUUGACACGGUUUUGCAGCGUUGACCAACAGCGAGUCGUCUUGACAGUGCUGACCUGUGAUGGAACAGAGUUGGCCGAAAUGGAGGAAACUCUUCUUAGCUGUGUUGCACCACCCAUUUUUAUUUAACCCUCUUCUGCUCCAGUGAAGAGAUCUGCAGACCGUUAUGAGACAGAGCUCGAGAACACAAGUACGUCUUUUGCCUCGAACUGUCAUUGACACAGUAAGUGACAGGUGAUGCUUGUGCAUUAGCUUGGAGAGCUUUUUCCAUAUAUAACUUUUUUUUUUUUUUUAAUUAAAUGAACAAUCGUGAGAGCAAAACGUAAGUGUGAGGUAAACGGCCCAGAGCAGGGCAAAUAGAAAAGUUUGUUAAGCAAGUUGUCACUAGAUGGUUUUCAUUUGGCUAAGAUGGCUCUUCUCCUCCCUCACUUGUUUUAGGGAUAGAAAAAACACUGGGUGGUAUACACAUUGCAUCAGGGCAAAGAAUGUGACAAAUAGAAAAUUAAACAAAUAGAAAAUUUGUUCAUAGCUGAAAGAGCAGAAUGGAUGUGAAGAAGCAAUAACAACAGGUAUAAAUAUUCAGAAUAAAAUCUGUAGAUCACAGGUACAGUUAUGUCUGACACCUUUUUCAGCCCCUGGAUGAUAUUUUAUAAUUAAUGAUAACCACAACUUUAUAACAGUACUUCUCUUUCUAAAUGAGCAAAGCUGCACUUGAAACAUAAAAUAAGAAGUUUUAAGAGUUUUCAGAUUUUGCACACACAAUAUUUUUUAUUUUAUGAAUAAACAGCCGCAGUGGUAUUUUUCAAUGGGGUGUUUUUCCUAAUCUACAGUACAAAACAUGUAAUAUAAUUAUUAUGAUUCCACAGCAGCUCAAACUAAUCGGAAACAUUCAUGUUGAAGUGGCGUAGCAAUUCUUUAAAAAAGACUUUCGCAAAGGAUACAGGAUUGCGUUCAGGGGUUGUAGGAAGGGAGGAAACGUUCGCAGAAUGGAAAGGAGCCACUGUCAAAAAAUAUGGAUGAAUACGGAUGAAUUUCUCUGUGCCAUACCAUUCACACUUGGUUUCUGUUCUUCUGAUCUUCUAGUCCGCUGUGCAACUGUUUAACGCUGCUGUGAGGAAACAGUUCAGGGAAAUGUACCAGGAAACCGUUCUAUGUAGGAAGAGGAAAAAAACAAGCACUUCUUCCUUGAACAAUCGUCGUAGGAACACAUGUCAUUUGACAAGUCAAGUCUGCCUCGAAUGGCUUUUGCUGGUCGACUGAUCUCAGACCAGGUGGUUCAGGUGAACCCAGGUUCAGUUUCUUGGUCGACUCCUUGUUUUGUAAGAAGCUUGAGUGUUUUUAUUCUUAAUUGAAACACUUGUGGAUUCAGACUGAAAUUUGGGAAAGCACAGUAAAAGUAAAAGAUGCCACUUGGGUCACACAGACAGCAACACACUGAGCCACAGUGUUGAAUAGUGGAGGACUACUUGAAAAUCAGCAUUUAAAAAUGUUUAAGGUAUUACAAGAAUUAAAAAGCAUUGUUUUUACUGUCUCUAUUCUGUGAAUGAAGACAGUUGAAACAGCUGCUACUUUUCCCUUCUGUUUAUCUAUUUAGUACAAAUGCACAUCACACAGAAGUUUUUAAUAUUUUAAUGAAUUAGUUUGUUAUUGUUUUUGUGAACUUGUUCUGCACUGGAGAGUCUCACUGCUUUUAUCAACACUUUUCUAUUAAAAUUAUUUUCUAUUUAAACAACAA